AUGUUCCUCUUGCCGGUCGUCGCCCUGGCGGCGGCGGCCAGCUCCGAGGACGACGUCUACGAGCGGGUCUACAGCGUGCAGAACCUGCACGACGAGGCCGACGUGCUCUGGCUGCGGUCCGAGGCCGGCUCGAGCAGCGUGGGCCGCGUCUUCGACGCCGUCGCGAAGCACGACGCGUCGCGGCUGCAGACGCGGCGCGCGGCGGCGGCGGGCAUCCUGCCGGCCUACUUCUUCUUCGGCCCGCGGGGCGCGGCCAAGGAGCGGCCGCGGCCGCGGGUCCGCGGCUCGCAGACCAUCGACGAGGCCGGCAUCGCGAACCGGACGCAGGUCGUCGUCUGCAACACGCGGGAGCUGCGCGACAGCGAGCUCUGCGGCGGCCUGGUGGACGAGUCCUACUGGGCGGCCCUCGAGGCGGCCUUCGCCGAGGACCGCGGCGCCGUCGACGGCGACGCGUACGACGCGGACGCGCGGCUCGCCUUGGCCUGCGCGCUCGGCGACCGGAACCACUUCCCGCAGGCCAAGGUCGAGUUGAGGGAGAGCCUGCGGGGCGGCGCCGACGCGGCGCGCCUCGCCCUGGGGCGCGUCAUGGUCGUCGCGGCGAUUCUGGACGGCGGCGGCCGGCGGCCGGAUUUCAUGGCGGACGUCCGCGCCUUGGUCGACGACGUCGACGGCACCAUGGCCUUCGGGGCGCGCGUCGCCGGCGCGCGCGCGGGGCGCGUGCUGCGGUCGGAGUGCGCCGGAAACGCGCCGGAUUUGAGCGUCAUCGCGAAGGCGCUCGCCGCCGGGGCCGACGUCCUCGAGGCGGACGCGCACGGCCGGGUGCCGGUCGUCCUGGCGGCGUCCGCGGGCCACGCGAAGCUGCUGAAGAUCCUGUGCGGGACGGCGGCGCCGCCGGCGCCGGCGCUCGCCAUCGCGGCCAAGGCCGCGGCGGCCGACGGCGACGCGGCGGUGUUAGAGGCGCUCGUCGCGCACUGCGGCCUCCCGUCGGAAGCGCUGCCGCCGCGCUCGUGGUACGCCAGGGACAUGGGCGAGGAGCGGCGGCGCGUCGAAAAGUUCCUGGCGACGUGGUCCCGGAGCGCGGCCGCGGGCGCGGCCGCCGCGGGCCGCGGCGCCGUCAGACGCGCGGCCGCGGCGCUGUCGGCGGCCCGGGCCGCCGCGGCGCGCGCCGUCGGCGGCACUCAGGCCGCCGCGCGGCGCGCCUACGACGGCGCCCGGGGGUCCGCGCGGCGCGCCGUCGACGGCCUCGUCGGCCGCGCGGUCGCGGUCGCGGCCGCGGCCAAAGCGGCGCUGGCCUUUGGGGUGGCGACCUGCGUGCCGUCGCCCCUCGGCUUCGCGGCCGUCGCGGCGCCCUUUCUAGGCGUCCUGGCCGCGAACUGGCGGUCGCACCGUCCGCGGCGCGACCGCGCGUGGGACCUCCGCGACGACGCGCGCGGCCGCUACCUCGAGGCGCUGGACCGCGAGAUCGACGCGCUCCGGUCGCCGAAGCGGGGCGCGCGGGACCCGCCGGCCGCGGCCGCGGCGCUCCUCGACGAGGCGCGGCGGCUCGUCCGCGACGUGCGGGACGCGCGCGACCCGGCGCCCGCCGCGAGGACCGGCGCGCGGCGCGACGUGCAAAUCGUCCGGGACCCGCCGGGCGCCGCGUCACCGGCGACGCCCGCGCGCAAGGCGGCGCGGAGCUUGGAGGCCCUCGCGGCGCUCCGCGAGCUCGACCCGCGCGCGCUGCCGAACGACGCGCUCGAGGUCGUCGACGAGCUCCUGCCGGAGCUCACGCGCAAGGUCGCGCGGGAGAUCGCGCGGCGGGCGAGCCGCGUCCAGGCCACGGACCUGACGGAGUGCGUCGUCUGCCUCGAGGACUCGCGCCAGGUCGCCUUCUCCUGCGGCCACCUCUGCGUCUGCGAGGCGUGCGCCGCGGACAUCGCCGAGUGCCCCCUCUGCCGGAGCCCCGUACGCACGAAGCGCCGCAUCUACUUCGACUAA